AUGUCGCGCUACAUCACAUGGAUUGCUGCUUUGCUCAUAUUGAUCGGAUCUGUUUGGUCACAGGAACAGAUUUUAGACGAUACAUUGAGGGAAUCGAAAUUUGGUUUUGGUAUUUUGGAACCAUUGAGAAAAUCAUUUUGCAAUACUUUUUGCACGUCGGUAGGCGCAGCGUAUGUGGUGAAUCUUGCCUGUGCAGUAAAGUGUCCAGAAUUGUAUCUACCUCAUGAAACUACGACAAAAUCAACCACAAUGCUAUCGAGUUCGUUAUCAACGUCAUCGAGUUCGUCGAAACCAACGGAACAAACGAAUACACCGACUACCGCAGGAUCGACGACACAAUCAACUACGACGACGACGACGUCGACAACGACACGUCCUUAG